UUUUUUGAUCUUCUCCCUCCACAUUUCUGCUUUGCACUUCAUUCAAAACCAACCAAACAGAGAGAAGAUGAGGUGAUUUCAAAAAUGGCGGCAACUUCCGACGAAGCAUUGGACUCACUUCUCUCCGAUUUCGAUCAGAUACAUACCGAUUUCAUCAAACAAACUUUUGACAUUCAAACUCUUCAAUCAAGCCGCAAAUCCGAAAUCCAGAGGCGAGAAGCAGUUGAAUUCACCCUCAACACUCUCAAAUCAGAAAAUGAGAGAGUUAUGAAGUUGUAUACAGGUUCCAUCAGCAAACUGGCUAAUCAGCUUGAGCGUAGGAACGACUGUCAAAGCUUGAAAGAAGAACUGAAGAGAGUGAAUGAUGAACACACCAAGAAAGAGUAUGAGUUCAUAAAUGCGAUUAACCAGCUUAAGCAUGAUUACGAGAACAGAAUCAAAGGUCUGGAAGUUCAAAUAAAAGAUAAUCUGGCUCAGAAAAAGGCAAAUGAGACAACCAUUAACCAGCUCCACCAAGAUUUAGCUGCACAUAGGAACCAUGUUGAAGCUUUAGCAAAAAGAUUGGAUCAGGUUCAUUCAGAUGUUGAAAUCACAUAUCAAUAUGAGAUACAAGAUUUGAAAGAUUGUCUUAUGAUGGAGCAAGAAGAGAAAAAUGACUUGAAUAGGAAACUUCAGAGUCUAGAAAAGGAAUUGCUGAUUAGCAGAACAAAAUUGGCUGAAAACAAACAGGAUUUGAGUUCUAGUCGACAUGUUGAAACUCUAAAGCAGAAAGUAAUGAAACUGAGGAAGGAAAAUGAAGUCCUCAAAAGGCGACUGGCCGAUUCAAAAGAGGGCUGAUAUAUGCCAACAGUAAACAAACUUCAAAUCUAAAAAAAUGAAUUCAAAUUAAGAACUUUUUCGGGCACCUAGUAUAUGCGUGCCAGCAGGCUGAAAAGUUCAACAAAAGAAUGCAAAAAAAUGGUAAUAAACGUAGCUGCCGCACUGAAACUGUUCCAGCCUUUGCUGGGGUAAUCCCCUCCAAGGCUCCAACCAUGGCAGUAAUAUAGAAAGAGUCAACCAAACGUAGGCCUAACAAUAUAUAAACUUAUUUUUUGGUCCA